AUGCAGAGACAACAGACCGGAAAAGUGAAAGCUUCAAAAUUAAAGAUGACGUCAGCAGCUAAUAUUGGUGUUUCAGCUUCGGUUGAGGUACCAAUCGGCACAAAACAUGUCACUCGAAUUGUAGCGACAAAGAGAGCUCGACAACAACAAUUUCAAAAAAAGAAAUGUACAUCAGUAAAUCAACAAACAUUAAACUCUCCGAUUGAAAUAAUGUCUCAUUUAACUUUAAUACACUCCAAAACUCCUCAUGUUAGAAAAUAUUUUUCUGACGCAAGCUAUAAUCCACAUUAUAAAAUUGGAGUCUGUGGAUUUUUAUAUAAUAAUCAAAUUCAAACUCAAUUGUAUACUAAUGGCACUGACAGUACAAUGUGUGAGGUACUCGCUGCCAUGUUUGCAUUACAAGAGUCGAACAAUUCUUAUAUUGCAGAAACUAAUAAAAACUAUAGGAUAAUUUUAUAUACCGAUAAUAAGAAGGUAUUGUCAUUAAUUAAUGGUCCAAAACCAAGUGAUAGACAUCGUUACUCACAAUUUUUUCAAAUUCGAGACAAAUGUGUUAUCCAAUUAAAUCAAUCUGGACGAAAGGACAUCCAAAAAAGAUAA